AUGGGGAACAAAUCCAAGGGUGUUAAGCGUCCAGCAAUUACUUUGACUCCAGAGGAGAAGAAGCUAAAGAAAGCCAAGUACAAUAACAACAAGAAAAAACUACCAUCGCCUCCAUCAGAAGAUGAAGUCGAUGGAGAAAACGAAUCCGACAGCGAAGAGUUACCCAUGAGCGAAGAUGAAGAGCUCGAAGAUGGACCGCUAGGAGACGGGGAUGAAGAAGACGAGUUGGACGAGCUCGAUGAGCUUGAUGAGGAAAACGGCGAAAAAGAGAAAGACGAAGAAGGUGAUGAAGAUGACGAAGAUGACAACGACGACGAUGUUGUAGUUGAAGAUUCGCCUCAAACGGCAGAAGACCCCAACAAAAAGUCAUCAAAAGAACAACAUUCAGAACAAAAGAAAUUACUAGGAGAAAGAAAACUACAAAGGAAGUCAGGAGUGCAAGUGCAAGACAUCAAGAAACUAUGGGAGAAACUAAGAGUUACCAAGCCCACACCCACCAAGCAGCAGCGUGAUAAACUAUGUGAUGAGAUAUGGGCACUUUCGGAAAAUGUCAUUAACGAUCUCGUGUUGAAGCACGACGCAUCGAGAGUGGUGCAGACCUUGGUGAAAUACUCCUCCAAGGAAAGAAGAGACAAGAUUGUUGAUUCCUUGAAGGGGUCCUUCUAUCAAUUGGCAACGUCAGCAUACGGCAAGUAUCUCCUCAUUAAACUUUUGCAUUACGGAUCGAAAGAGUCGAGAGGUGCCAUAGUCAAUGAAUUGCAUGGAAAAUUGCGCAAGUUGAUGAGACACAGAGAAGGCGCCUACGUGGUGGAAGACUUGUUUGUCUUGUACUCGACCGCUGAACAGAAACAACAGAUGAUUAGAGAGUUCUGGGGCAGUGAGUACGCGGUUUUCAAAGAAUCAGGCAAGGGCAAGACUGUGCUCGACGUGGUUAAGGAGUCAUCGGAGAAGAAACAGUUGAUAAUGCAAAACUUGUUUGGAACAAUAAAGGCCUCGGUUGAAAAGGGGUCGACUGGUUUCCAGAUUUUGCACGCGGCAAUGAAGGAAUACGUCACUGUUUUGGCCGACGAUAUCGACGCCAACGACUCGGCCAUCCGAGACUUUAUUGAUCUCUUGAGCGAGCAGUUUGCCGAGUUGGUGCACACGCAAGAAGGAUCCGAGGUUGCCAGCAGUUUGAUCGCCAUGGCCAACGCCAAGGAAAGAAAAGGCAUAAUCAAGAGUCUAAAGUCGCACCAGAGCGAGUUGAUCAAAAACGAGUACGGUAACGCCGUGCUCAUUGCUUUACUCAUGGCUGUCGACGAUACAGUGUUAACGUACAGGUCCUUUUUUGGCGGUGGUGAGAUGUUCACUGCGGAGUUGUUGCCCGAGAUAAUCCAGGACAAGUUUUCCAGAAGGCCCAUUCUUUACAUAUUGAAGGGUUUAGACGGUAGGUAUUUUGCUCCCAACGUGAAAAAGGCGUUUUCGAAAUACCAAGAUUUGGCGUAUCAAAAGACGUCGAAAAAGGACAAGGAUGCCAAGAGGGCCGAGCUUCUUGCAAAGUCAAUCGAGCCCAUAUACAAGGCAUUGCAGCCGUCACUUGAAGACGCACAGUUUACUGAGCUUUUGUCCAACAAUAUGGCGGCGCAGUUCAUCACUGAAUUGUUGUUGACGCCAACUUCUAACGAGAAAGUCAACAGUACUUAUAGACCGCAGAUGUUGCAAGCAGUAUUCGACAAGGUGUUCAAGGGCGACGUCCGCGAGGACCACCAUUUGCUCAAUAAAGCGCCAUUCACCUCGAGAUCAAUCAAGGCGUUGAUCCAGGGUAACAACUACAAGUUUGACAAUGAGUCCAAGAAAUUGGUGCACGUGGAAGGGUCCGAGAAGAUUCCAGACACCGGUAUCGCGUUUGCUGAAAAGGCGGCCGAUGAAAUUGUCAAUAAGGUGAGCUCGUGGACAAGUGGCCAGCCUGCGUUUGUCUUGUUGUCACUUCUCGAGGUUUUGACUUUGGCCAAGUCCGAAAAGGCAGAAACUUUGAAAAAGGAAUUGAAGAAAAACAAAAAGCUGCUUUCUGCGGAAGACAAAGGUUCUAAACUAUUAUUAGACUUUUUAUAA